AUGAAAACGGAGAGUGUGGUGCAAAACAUUCCGUUCGUCGGCAGAAGCGAAAUCCUGAUCGAAGAUGCCCGGAAAGAGCGCGCCAGCGGUUCAUCGUCCCCUGGCCCAUCGCGGUGCGGUGAAAACUUUGUGUGAGAAAAGGAAGGAACCGUGACACUGAACAUUCUUUUCGCACUCAGCCAUGAGAAGAAUGCAGGGUUCUUGAAAACUGGCAAAGUCUUUGAGACGUUUGAAGCAAAGCUUCUGCAUAUUGAGAGCCGACCAGGGAGGAAGUCUAAGAACAGUGGCUGUGAUUCUGAGUUCUUUAUGAGGUGUGAAGUGCACAGCUCCGACACAAACAUCUUCAUCAACUCACUCAAGAGAGUCGCCGACGAUGUACGCGACCAUCCCAGAGGAAAAGUUCCCUGGUUCCCCAGAAAGAUCAGAGAUCUGGAUAAAUGCAACCUGUUGAUAACGAAAUAUGAUCCAGAUAUGGACCAAGAUCAUCCAGGAUUCAGUGAUCCAGAAUACAGAAGAAAGUGCUUCAUCGCUGAACUUGCAGCGAAUUACAAACAGGGGGAACCAUUACCCAGAGUGGAGUACACACCAGAGGAGGUGGCCACAUGGAGAGAGGUAUACCGGACCCUGAGGACCAUCUACCCUGACCUGGCGUGCAGACAGUUUCAUGGAUGGGCUGCAGCAGCUGGAGAGGAGUGUGGCUACGGAGAGGACAGUGUCCCCCAGCUCCGGGAGGUCUCUGCCUUCCUCAAAGAGAAGUCAGGCUUCCAGCUGCGUCCGGCAGGGGGCUACUCUCCGCCAGGAGACUUCCUAGCUAGCCUGGCCUUCAGACUGUUCCAGUGUACCCAGUACAUCCGCCACGCCUCCGCACCCAUGCACUCCCCGAGCCGUAAAGAUUGUUGUCACGAGUUACUCGGCCAUAUUCCUAUGCUUGCAGACAAAGAAUUUGCCCAGUUUUCCCAGGAAAUCGGCCUAGCCUCACUGGGCGCAUCAGACGAGGAUAUUGAGAGACUCUCAACCCUGUACUGGUUCACGGUGGAGUUUGGACUUUGUAAGCAGAAUGGAACUGUAAAGGCAUACGGUGCCGGCCUCCUGUCCUCCUAUGGAGAACUCAUUUAUGCUCUCUCUAACGAACCUGAGUACAAGCCAUUCAACCCUGAGGAGACUGCAAUCCAGCCUUACCAGGACCAGACUUUCCAACCUGUCUACUUUGUCUCAGAAAGCUUUGAGGAUGCCAAGAUUAAGAUGAGGCGGUACUCUUCGUCCAUCCAACGGCCCUUCUCUGUCCGGUACGACCCAUUCACCUGCAGCCUGGAGGUUCUGGACCAGCCCAGUAAGAUCCAGCAUGCCCUGGGCCAGAUGAGAGACGACCUGAAGAUACUACACAGUGCCCUGGAGAAACUGGGCUGAGGGCCUCAACACUGAGCCAGAGACUCAGGGAGUGAAACUGAUACAUACCCCUGGAGGGGUGGGAAGGGGAAGAGAUUUUGGGUCUUUAAAGGUGCAAUCUGUAAUUACUCUGUGUGGCCAUGGAGCCAAAUGCACAAACAAUCAAUGCUCAAAAUGCACAAAAUACAGUAGUUCCAUUUAAGUCAAUCAGUUGAAUAUCCACCUCUUCAAUUCUGCUGGGCCAAUACUUGCAUUAUUAUUAUUAUUAUUGUAUUUUGUUAGAGACUAAACUAGAUUUCACCUUUAAAUGGAUGCAUAUGAAAUACUGAAUAUAUUUAUUCAUCUGAAAAAUACCAUUUAUAUAUUUAUGUGCAAGAUUCAUUAAUAUACAAAGAAACUCAAAAGGGGUGAUGAUAUUAAUAGUGAUUUCGAUCCGAAUGUGCAAAUUGUCCAAAUAGAUA